AUGCGCCUGCUCACCGACGGCGGCGGCGGCCUCCCGUUCAAGAUCCGUUCCCUGGAUGCGUUCGGGCCGACCGUGCUGGCCGAGGGCACCGACGCGACGGGGGCGCUGUACUGGGUGCACGCGUGGACCGUGGGGCCAGGCGUCCGCGUCACCGAGGUGCGCGAGUACUACAACACCGCGCUCGUCGUGACGAGGCUCAGCAGCGGCGGCGCCGCCGCUGCGGGGGCAAACAUCGCCGCUGCGGCGGCGGAGAAGGCCAAGCCGCCGUGCUCGCAGUCGCAGUCGAAGCAGGUGUGGCAGAGCCGGCUGCCCGAGUAG